ACCAAUCCCACCCCACCUGCGUCUUCUUCUAUUUAUAUUACCCUCGUCUGGCCUCAUCCAUGCAAGUAGCCACAUCCAUCCCCCUUCUCACUGGGGCUGGAGUGUCUCUUAACCAGAAGCAAUUGGCUGCCGUGUGCUGCCAUAUGUAUGCUCGCUGGUUGUCCGGCCCACGGCAUCCUGGAAGUUAAGCCCUAAGGAGUAAAUAAUCAACUGAACCCCACGAUGUUGUGUUGUCAUGUUCGAAGCAAGAUCCUCCCCGGCUCUGAGCAUGGAACAGCCGGACUGAACGGAUUAUGGAGAGCUGGGGAUGCCAUCGACAAGGUGGACAGUUUCUGACAACUCCAUAGUUAGUUUACUUGGCUUCUUCGAACAAAAAAGGCUUCCACCUGUUGUUCUCGUAGCCUCUAGUUACAUCCAUCUCGAGAUCGGUUGAUUUCACCACAGCCUCGCAAUCCACAACCACCCCCCAACCCCCGUCCCUGUCCUGUCCCUGUCCCUGUCCCCUUUAUAUCUAACAUUUGGCUUCUAUUAUUACUUUCUAUCUGGUUUACACGGCGAGGGUUUCGACCAGUUCGUCUACCCGUCGCUAGCCUAGUCAUGAAUCCCGUUUGUGUCUUGUCCCCUGUCGCUUGUAGGAGACAACAGAGUUGCAGCAAGUCGACGACCGUGAUCUAAGAAUCUAAGACACUCUCGGAUGGCCCUAGCAGUCUAUUUAGCAGCCUUUAGCAACCCCCAAGCCCCCCCCCUCAAAGACUCAACCACCAAGCAGCGUAAUUUGUGCGCGGAUUCAAAUAAAUUAUAAUAAUGAUGAAGCCCGGUCGGCAGAAAUCGAUGUUCUUGUAAUCAGAUUAUUCUUACUAUUAUCCCAUUUCUCUUCUGAUUUCAUUCUCACUCGGGUAAUACUUGUCGUUUGUGCCCGCAAAUGGUCUGAGACAUUUUCCCUUCGCUCGUUCUGGCUGCCAGAAACCUCCUCUUGCCACACUGUUUGGCCGCUGAGAGAGUUCCAAGAUUGACUCCAGCAGCUGUCACAAUUCAAUUAGCGUGGGAGCCUCGUCUGAGAUUCUGAGACCAUUCCGGGCCGCCGCUUAGAAGUCAAAGAGUCAAACCGAAGCGAUUCCCCCCGCAGCAGGGCUCCUGUCAUAAAUAAUAUAAUCGGUCGCAUCCAUCUUCCUCCCUCUCCUCCAGUCGCACAACUGACACAGUGCCGUUCUGCGUCGUCAUUGUCACUCCCAUAAUUGCAUCUGGCUCUGGCCCGGUAUCACAUUCUCUGCUUGCUGUGGCGGCGUGCCUGGCAGAGAAGAUUCUGAGAAACGCUGGAUGGGGGGGACUUGGCCCAGUCGGCGAACAAAUCUUACCACGGGAAAUCUGAAACUUUUCCAGUCUUCGGGGCACACUAUCGCUUGGUACUUAAACACAAAACAAGAAAGAGUAUUAAACGUUGGCCUCUGUGAACCAGAACAUAGGCCUUCCGCAUGGCUUACCGUUACCACAAUGACGCUGACGCUGGCUACGAUGCUCAUGGCGGAUCCAUAGCUCGAAGCCGGGGGUCGCCGCAGACCUCGUCUCAACCUUCCUACUACGCCGACAAUCCACACGCUUCCCCAUCCUCCGCUCGUUUACACCCUGCCGCGCAUCCAGAUAGUGCCUAUAGCAAGCUCCGAAAACAGCGACCAGGCGGAUAUCAGGAUUCCCACACAACACCAGUGUCCCCAGUCUCUCCCGUUCACUAUAACUUCCCUAGCCCUACGCCGCCUCCUCACGCCCAGAGAAGACCGGCAGCCUCACGGGACACAGAAUAUACACAGUCCUCACAGACUACAUCGAGAGUCGCUCCAGUAGGAGACAGCUGGGGUGCCGCAGCAGCUGCUGGCGGAAUCGCGGGCACCGCUCUCGGAACAGCGCAUUCGCCAAACGAGCACCAGCGCGGAUUUGACACAAUGCCAGGCGGACAUGAUGGCAUUGGGCAAAACCAAUACUACUACGAAUCGUCUGAACGUGGUGAGAACGGAAAUACAAUGGGUUCAGAUCAUCCUUACACCUCUGCGCCGCAGGACAUGCCCCCAAUGGGCUCUUCUCGAUCUCCAGGCGGACAAGACCCUUACUCGUCAAAUGUCGGCUUAGGUGCUUCCAUGGAUGGCACUGGACAAGUUACCCCAGGCCAAAGAAGCCUGUACUCGAACAGCAAUAAUGGACAUCAACAAUAUAUCCAGUAUGGAGGUGCUGGAGGAUUCUACGAUGACCCUUACCAAAGGUCUCAUCAUAACUCGUGGGGACCUGUAAAUGCCGAACCUAUUAACCCUAAUGAUAUCAUCGAUGACGGGGACGAUGGUUUCAUGCGAAAACCUCAGCGACGAUCAAUGCUAAGCCUUGGUAAAAACUCCAGUCAUAACAGUCUCCCCGCUGCGGGUGCGGGAGGAGCUGUUGCAGGAGCUGCUGCAGGAAGAGCUCUGGCAAGCCUCCCAGCACGUAUUCAAGGUCAGACUACGGGUGGCCCUGACGGUGGUCCCGAAUAUGAUGCUGUCUCUACUGAGAAGAGUGAAUGGCUAAGUAAUCAGAAACAUGGGAACAAAAUAAUGAAAUGGAUUGUGGGUAUCAUAAUAGCGCUGGUAGUAAUCGGGAUCGUGGGCGGCAUAGUUGGCGGUAUUUUGGGUUCUCGAAACAGAAACUCGGGCGGCAGGGGUGGACAGUCCAGCGACGACGACCUGGCGACGAACGGGGACCUUAACAAAGAUUCACCGGAAAUCAAGGAGCUAAUGGCAAUGGAGGGCUUGUACAAGGUUUUUCCAGGCAUGGAUUAUACCCCCUGGGGCACGCAAUACCCGCUAUGCCUCACUUACCCUCCUAGUCAAAACAACGUCACUCGCGACAUGGCGGUUCUCUCCAUGCUGACGAACACCGUACGGCUUUACGGUACAGACUGCAACCAGACACAGAUGGUUCUCCACGCGAUGCAGAGGCUGGAGCUGAAAGAUAUGAAGCUUUGGCUGGGUGUCUGGAUUGAUAAUAAUGCCACCACCAACGACCGCCAGAUGGAGCAGCUGUACGAGAUCGUCCGAGAAACCAAAAACAAAUCCGUCUUCAUGGGUGUCAUCGUCGGAAACGAAGUGCUUUACCGCGGCAAAAACUCCAACUCACCCCUAACCACCACCACCGCACUGGUAAAAUACAUGCAGGAAGUCAAGUCCCAGCUGAAAUCUAUGGGCGCCGAUAUGCCCGUUGCCACCUCUGAUCUGGGCGAUAACUGGACCCCCGAACUGGCCAAGGAAGCCGAUGUCGUCAUGGCGAAUGUGCACCCAUUCUUCGCAGGCGUGGCGGUCGACGAAGCGGCAAGUUGGGCAUGGAGUUUCUGGCAGGAUCAAAACGUAGCCCUGACGCGAGGCACAGAUAAACACCACAUCAUUUCAGAAAUCGGCUGGCCCAGCGGGGGAGGCAACAACUGCUCUCCCAACCCGUGCCAGACGAAGACUGCUGGUUCCGUUGCUGGCGUAGAGGAGUUGAACAGGUUCAUGGAGACUUGGGUAUGCCAGAGUCUGGAUAAUGGGACAGAUUACUUUUGGUUCGAAGCUUUCGAUGAGCCCUGGAAGGCGUCUUACAACGAACCCCACCUUGGGAAAGAGUGGGAAGAUAAAUGGGGUCUCAUGGACCCCGGCCGCAACUUGAAGCCCGGUCUGAGAAUCCCCAGCUGCGGUGGGAGGACCGCUGCUUAAAAGAAUAAAUCCUUAUAUGUAUAUAUGUCAUGAGGAAUAUUUCCAGUGAAAAGGAACAGCUUCCAAGCACUACGGCAACCCAACAACGACCCCUUUACUCACUUUGGUCCGACGACUAAUUUUACAGCUACAAGUACAUAUGAUUUCGUCUCUCUGUCCCUUUCCAUUUCCCCCCCUUCCUUUUGGCACCCCUGUCACCUCUCCAUUUUAGUAUAUUUUUGGUUUUCUUUUUCUUUUUGUUCUUUGAUAAUCAUUAAGAACACUCACUGAAAUCUCCAUCUCUCCCCAAGACUCAACCUACAUUGCCCUCAAUGACGUAUCAGUUUGUCUACUUGUACGAUUCAAUUUUCUAACAGUUUUUACCUCAUUUUUUCUUCUAUAUAUCCUAUUCUCGCAGUCUCUGAGAGGCAGUUUCAGUUUUUCCUUUUCUCUCUCUUUUUUUUCCAACUCUUCUUUCCUUAAGAGUGAGUUCUUUGAUAACUUCUUCUUGCUUUAUCUAUAUACUGUUUAAUUAUAUUACUACUCUUACAUACAUACACUAUCUGUAUGAUCUAUUGUUUUCAUCUAGGCAUUUGACUGCAUAUAUGAUUUUGCAUCUUUUUUUCCUUAUUUUCUUUUUGAAUGUAUUUUUUUCUGUUCUUUCCCUCUUCUUUAGUUUCAUAUUUUCCAUACUUUCUUUUCGGCGAAAUACCAGACCUAUUUUAACAAGCAGCGGGAAAGACAGGAAUGAAGGGAAAAAAAACUUUCCUUGAAUAUAUGAAGAAUGAAAGGAAAUGAAAAUGAAACUGAAAAUGAGAAGGAAUUAAUAAUGUCACAUGAAAUAAGAUCAGUGUGUGUGAUUGUCAUAAGCUUUUUCUCUUUUCUCUUCUUUGACUCUCUUAUUAUAGUUUAAUCAUGCUUUUACACACUUACAUCUGAUGUGAGUGCAUCACAUCAUAACAAUUAAAGCAGUAUAAUAAUAA